CAACUUUCGAUGCUGGAAAUUGAAGAGAUUUGGUAGAAAAUUCAAAUCAUAAAGCAAGAUAUAAAAACCUGGGCAUCUUCAAAAAUCGUUCACUCGUGAUACCCUUCGUGAAGCGAUGAUAUCUCCGAAAUUUCUUAUCUGCAUCGCAAUCAUCGUCUUAGCGGCAGAGUGCAAUGCUGCUCGAGAACAAUGGAACAAAGCGAAGGCAAAAACCUUGUUGCAAAAAUUCAAGGAUUGGAUGAACAACAAGCUACAACAAUUUAAACAGAAAGUGCUCAACGGAGUACAGAAGAUGAAAAACUUUAAAGAUUCGUUGAUGAAAAAAAGUCUAACGUAUAUUCACGAGCCUGUCGUCUCCGUUGAGAAAGAUUUAGCCACAUGGAAACCCAUGUUUCCUGAAAAGUGCAUGACCACCGCACAAACCCAGCUCAAAGAAGUGAAGACUGCCAGCGCAAAGGAGUUCUUCAAGUGUGCUAACCUCACCAAUGCUUUCGUAGAUGCCGCCAAAAUCUUCUCAGACUCGGUUGGAGUAGUAUCGAAAAUCACCCAAGUGUGUACCGACAUUGUCAAAGCCGUAUUCACAUGCCAACCGAUAGUUUCGCCCCAUGGUUUUAUGUGUGCCGUUCGUUACGUCAUCAAGGUGAUCCAAGAACUCAAAGAAGAUGUUCCCGUCGUGAAACAGUACUUUGUAGAUAUGAUAAGAGUUGGAAAAGAUAUGAAAGCCCAAGUGCAAACUUGUCUUCACCCGCCAAAAGCAAAGCUGCAGACAGACGUCAACAACCUAAUCACAUCUCUUCACACCUGUGUGGCAUAAAGUUAAAAAUAAUCAAUGAUAAUUAUACAUCAACGUUUCACUAAUACAUUUUUACGGACUGUACGUUACACCCUUUUUUACAUGUUGCAAAUAAAUGAAAAACAAUAGAAUUACAACUCCCCAUGUUUCAUUAUAAAGAAAUCACAAAUAAAUACUGUUAUAACCAUA